GCUCUCGCAUAAGAACCGAUUGAAGAACUAGACGCGUUUAAGAAAAAGGAAAAGUGUAUCGUGCAAUGAAGAUAAUCAUUUCUGUUACAGGUGGGCGACGCGACUCAUUCGAGGACUCAUCCGAUCUUGAGGACUCUUUCUUUGUCAUGCCGAACUUCUUCGAUAUGGACAGAAUCAGGCAGAAUCUGUUGAACUACUUCUGGAACAUACCCAAUCCCUUGAACAUCAAGGUUCCCGAAGGAGCAAACACAACUUCCACCACUAAGAUCAUUGACGGCCACGUGGUAACGAUCAACGAGACGACGUAUACGUCGGGCGACGACACCAGCGGUACCGCGUUCCGCAUCCGCAUCAUCGACGUGAAGCCGCAGGACGACACGGUGCCGCCGAUCGGCAGCGAUGCGAACACAAUGUCGCCGAGGGCGACAGAGAAUCCGGGAAGCGCCGAGACGGUCGAGGACUUCAACAAUGAGAUACCGAAGAACGGAGGAGACACAUUGAACGCUUAAAAACGAGAAGGAAAACGAGAGAAUAGAGGGAAGCGCUCAUGUCGGCGAUAUACGUGCCCGGCAACGUAGUAUAGUAUCGUGGUCGACCUGGUCGCGAUCCUCGACGGAUGUAGUAGAGUAAUAUUUGAUGCGAUAUGAGAGCGCAUCACGUUAAAAUAACGAUAUUAUUGUAAUAGUUACGUUUCCUUUUUUUUCCCGUUGUUUUACUAUCGCUUCUCGCGUAUCGAUACACUACUGUCGAUCGGUUUACAGUGUUUGCCCGCGCUCUAGAAGAAUUACUGUCGCUGAAAGAACUGGAAUAUUGUGAAAAUACACACACACACACAUUUAUAUAUAUAUAUAUAUAUAUAUAUAUAUAUACACACACAUAUAUACACAUAUAUAUACACACACACACGAGUGUGUGCAUGGAAAUAUAUAAAUAAUAUAUACAGUGAAAAAAAUGAUUUUUUUUUAAUUGAGAAAAUCAAUUCGUUUAAUUCAGUUUUAAAUUAUUGAGAAAUAUUAAUUGCCCCGUUAUCAGUGGAAUUUAAUGUUCAGCGUGCGUCUCCAAUAACGGGAUUCGGUAUUAGUGAACAUGUUGCAAAGAGGCUUGUUAGCGCUCUCUGGAAAUAAAACGUUACGUUGGAAUUUUUUUACGCUUUCCAAAUUUCUCUCGUGUUCAGAGAGAUCCUUCCUGAUUUAUAACAUUUACACAGAAAUCUGCAUAUUUAAUUUCGAUACGACUUUAACGAAUUGCAUUCUACAAACUAGUUGAAAUCAUUGCUAAACUGGUAUCCAACGAACGCGUAUACGUUACAUAUAUGAGUGGACGUUCGUUUGUGUCAUUUUCUCUCAUACUCGAGCGCCGCUCAAAGAAGGUGAAAGCGUCGACACGCAAAGCCAAAUGCGUCACCACAGAGUUCCUGCGUUGACAAAGAUAAUUAUUUAUACAGAAGGAGCUAUUUUGUAAUAAUAUCGACACAGCGCUCAAUUAAUUACACACUGAGAGAAAAAAGAAUGAUCGAUCUAACUAAAAUUAUAAUUAUUCUCGGCUCCAGCCGUAUUUCUUUUUGGUCGUUUCAACACGGAAAUAGUAGUAGUAACUUGCAUAUAAGAUUAUUAUUGUUAACGCACGAGUAAUAAAAUUAAAAAAAAAUGGUUUCUUGAUUAUAAUAUUUAGUUGUUUCUAUAGAAUUGAAUAGUUACAAAUACAAAAAGAAUUUUUUUUUCAGUGUAUCGUUCAUCGAGCGUAACAUUUAUCUGAUCUUAGGCGCACCAGAUUUCUCACGUAAACGCUCGUUACGUGCCGUACGAGACUAAUUACAAAUGCGAGCUAGACGACUAAAUUGCUGGUUAUAGUCGCAUUAUGACUUUCAGUUCCGUAUAUCGCGCAACGACGCGGAGGAUUGUUGUCCUACGAGCGAUUGCGUGGUUGAUAUUUAAUAAACGUAUGCUUCCUACGUAUAUUCUAUCCUCAGAUAUUUCAUCCUCUUUCAGUUUCUUCGACAAUGGGAUCUUCAGCAAAGCACACUACGUUAGACAGUAUGUGUCAGUUAUAUGCGAUCAAGUAUUUAUACGAGUGAACGUUCGUAAACGAUUUACAAAAGUAAUAGCGGCUUCACGGAAAAUUCGACCCAUGCUUCAGUGAAUCUAUUAUAAGUUUAUACAAAAACAUGUACGUUUCUUUCUGUAGUAUUACAUAUUCGUGAAUUUUAAUAUACUUACAGAUGUAUCUCUCCUAUAUAAAGUAAGUCAUAUUGUAAGCUGGUUAGAAAGAGAGAGAGAGAGAGAGAGAGAGAGAGAGAGAGAGAGAGAGAGAAUAUUAUUGAUUAUUAUCCUGAUAACACACACACACACACACGUGAAUAUCAUCUCGUGUGCGCGCGAUUCGCGUGUCUCCGAAUUGAAAUGCCACGCGACAAUCUCGAAAUUUUUGCGUCCGACAAUUCGCGGACAGUCACGGUCGAUGGAAAAACCAAAUUAAAUUUUCACUAACGCAGA